UGGCAACACUCAGUCCCAAAUGUCAAACCUAUGGAUUUAUGGUGAAAAGGUUUUGCCGCAGAGUGAAAUUCGUCGUUUUUAUUUUUCAUGACUUUUCCGAUACAUUUUAAGUUGUAAACAUGAUGGAAGGUUCUCUGAGUAAAUGGACUAAUGUGAUGAAAGGAUGGCAGUACCGCUGGUUUGUCCUGGACGAGAACGCUGGCCUGCUGUCCUAUUACACGUCAAAAGAGAAGAUGAUGCGAGGCGUGCGCCGCGGCUGCGUCAGGCUGCGGGCGGCUGUCAUCGGCAUCGACGACGAAGACGACUCCACCUUCACUAUCACGGUCGACCACAAGACGUUCCACUUCCAGGCCAGAGACGGUUCAGAGCGAGAACGGUGGGUGCGCGCUUUAGAAGACACGAUAUCGCGGCACGGCCGGCGCGAGCGCUGGUCGCGGUCUAUGCCGGCCCCUCGCCAUCGACAUGGAGACUUGGAGCGCCGCAUCUCUGAAGCAGACGCUUACCUGCAGAUCAUGAUCGAGCUAGUAUCGAAAAUGAACACGCGGGUGUCGGAACUAGCUGAUCCUCAUGAAAAGAGUAAAGGACAAGUAAUUUUAGAUCACUCCAAUGCAAUGUUGGAUAACAUUAAACAUUCCAUAGUGCUUCUUCAAAUAGCUAAGAAUACAGUAAAUCCCGUCAAUGGCGUGUACCAAGGACCAACGAAUUCCCAAUCACAUAUCAAACAAGGUUCAGAGGUGGCCAGAGUGGAAAUGGGCUCGGAAUGCAGGGAGCUGCCUUCGCCCACCCAUCCCAUACCACCGUUAGAAGACAUCGAUGCGCCCAGGCAAGCGAUGUCACUGCUGGUACCAGAUACCUCAUACUCCUCGUCAGAAGGAGAAGAUGACUUCUACGACGCUGAUGAUGAGCCAGUCGACAUUCCUCAACCGGGUCCCAGCGCCAGCCGCAACUGCCCGACCGAGGGCGCGCCCGAGCAGGACGCGGCGCAGCCCACGGUCGACCUGCCGCGCACCAGGGACGGAGAGAUCGACUAUGACGCGUUAUACGAAGAUGAAUCAGACAGCGACCUCGGCUCCAUGGAGAACCACGGCUCCGUGGUUACCCACCUCUUAUCACAAGUCAAGAUUGGAAUGGAUCUCACUAAGGUUGUGCUACCGACGUUCAUACUUGAGAGGCGAUCGCUUCUGGAGAUGUACGCGGACUCAUUCGCACACCCCGACCAGUUUGUUAAGAUAGUAGACCAGCCGACGCCGCGCGACCGAAUGAUCCAAGUGGUCCGGUGGUACCUGAGCUCGUACCACGCGGGCCGCAAGUCGCAGGUGGCCAAGAAGCCCUACAACCCCAUACUGGGGGAGGUGUUCCGCUGCCACUGGGAGCUGGACGGGGCCGAUACACACUCCAACGAAGUUGGUGACGGCCCAGUCCCCUGGUGCACAGCAGACCAACUCUCCUUCGUGGCAGAACAAGUCUCCCACCACCCGCCCAUAUCUGCCUUCUACGCGGAACAUGUGAACAAACGCAUACAGUUCGAGGCCUGGGUGUGGACUAAGAGCAAGUUCCUGGGACUGUCCAUAGGCGUCCACAAUAUUGGGAAGGGGACUGUUACAUUGCUGGAUACUGGAGAGGAGUAUACACUCACAUUCCCCAAUGGAUACGGCAGAUCAAUACUGACCGUGCCAUGGAUCGAGUUAGGCGGCUCAGUCGUCAUCGAGUGCGUGCAGACUGGCCACAAAGCCAACAUAGAGUUCCUGACGAAGCCUUUCUACGGCGGGAAGAAGCACCGCGUGACGUGUGAAGUCUUCGCUGGUCCGGAUAAGAAGCCCUAUUAUACUGCGCAGGGCGAGUGGAAUACUAGGAUGGAUGGGAGAUGGACUGAUUCGGGGCGAACAGAAGUCCUCUUCGAGGUAUCCAGCAUGAAGCCACGCCGCAAGCGAGUGGCGCCCGUCAGCCGACAACAGCCGCACGAGUCGCGCCGCGUGUGGCGCCACGUGACCUGCGCCUUACGCGCCGCCGACACCGCCGCCGCCACCGACGCCAAGCGCCGCGUGGAGCAGGCGCAGCGAGACGCCGCCAAGCAACGCGAUGCGGCUCAUGACAAGUGGGCGACCCAAGCGCAGCGAGACUCCGCCAAGCAACGCGACGCCGCGCACGACAAGUGGGCGACACAAGUUAGUAUUACAACCUCUAGUAUCCGAGUAGACAACGCCGACGCCGCCGACACCGCCGCCGCCACUGACGCCAAGCGCCGCGUCGAGCAAACAACGCGACGCUGCGCACGACAAAUGGGCGACCCAGCUAGUCCUUUAGCUCCUGACGACACCGCCGCCGCCACCGACGCCAAGCGCCGUGUGGAGCAGGCGCAGCGAGACGCUGCCAAGCAACGCGAUGCCGCGCACGAUAAGUGGGCGACCCAGCCGCACGAGUCGCGCCGCGUGUGGCGCCACGUGACCUGCGCCCUGCGCGCCGCCGACACCGCCGCCGCUACCGACGCCAAGCGGCGGGUCGAGCAGGCCCAGCGAGACGCUGCCAAGCAACGCGACGCUGCUCACGACAAGUGGGCCACGCAGGUUGGUACUUAUAGCCUCUCGCCGACACCGCCGACACCGCCGCCGCCACCAACGCCAAGCGGCGUGUCGAGCAGUACCUAUAGCCUUCUGCCGACACUGACUAGUUUCCCGCCGACACCGCCACCGCCGUCGCCGACACCUAGUGCUGCAUCGAACAGGCGCAAUGCGACGCCGCCAAGAAACGUAAUGCCACGCACGACAAGUGGGCUACCCAGGUUGGUGUCUAUAGCCUCCCGCCGACAUCGGCGCCGCCUAGCGCCGCGUCAAGUAGGCGGGCCACCAUGGUUGGUACCUACAGCUGCCUCAGCCGAAACUGUCUUUAGCCUCACACCGACGCUGCCGCCGCCGCACGAGUCGCGCCGCGUGUGGCGCCACGUGACCUGCGCCUUACGCGCCGCCGACACCGCCGCCGCCACCGACGCCAAGCGCCGUGUGGAGCAGGCGCAGCGAGACGCCGCCAAGCAACGGGAUGCGGCACACGACAAGUGGGCCACUCAGGUUGGUAUCUAUAGCCUACCGCCGACACCGCCGACACCGCCGCCGCCACCAACGCCAAGCGGCUUGUCGAGCAGUACCUAUAGCCUUCUGCCGACACUGACUAGUUUCCCGCCGACACCGCCACCGCCGUCGCCGACACCUAGUGCUGCAUCGAACAGGCGCAAUGCGACGCCGCCAAGAAACGUAAUGCCACGCACGACAAGUGGGCUACCCAGCCUCACACCGACACCGCUGCCGCACGAGUCGCGCCGCGUGUGGCGCCACGUGACCUGCGCCCUCCGCGCCGCCGACACCGCCGCCGCCACCGACGCCAAGCGCCGUGUGGAGCAGGCGCAGCGAGACGCCGCCAAGCAACGGGAUGCCGCGCACGACAAGUGGGCCACACAGUCGCGAGACGACACCGCCGCCGCCACCGACGCCAAGCGCCGUGUGGAGCAGGCGCAGCGAGACGCCGCCAAGCAACGCGAUGCCGCGCACGACAAGUGGGCCACUCAGCCGCACGAGUCGCGCCGCGUGUGGCGCCACGUGACCUGCGCCUUACGCGCCGCCGACACCGCCGCCGCCACCGACGCCAAGCGCCGUGUGGAGCAGGCGCAGCGAGACGCCGCCAAGCAACGGGAUGCUGCGCAUGACAACCUCACACCGACACCGCCGCCGCACGAGUCGCGCCGCGUGUGGCGCCACGUGACCUGCGCCCUGCGCGCCGCCGACACCGCCGCCGGCACCGACGCCAAGCGCCGUGUGGAGCAGGCGCAGCGAGACGCCGCCAAGCAACGGGAUGCUGCGCAUGACAAGUGGGCUACACAGGUUGGUACUUAUAGCCUUCUGCCGACGCUGACCGCCGCGUCGCAGUAG